GCCAGGCGGCUGGCGGCCGUUUCCUGGGUGCCCGUCGCCAGGGGCGCCGUUGCUACGGACGCCCGCCCUUGCUCCACCGCGCCGGGUCCCGGCUGGGCUGGCUGCGCCCCGCUCGCCGCCAUGGACGACCUGCGGGUGCUGUGGAUGCGCGACCGCGUGUACACGGCCUUCGGCCUCACCGACCCGCAGCUCUUCGAGGAGCUGCUGGGUCGCGACGACGGCGAGGGCGAGGACCUCAUCCUGCACUUCCUCAACCAGAGGAGCGACGAGGAGAACGCCGUCGCUCUCUUCUUCUGCCGCAAGGUGGUGCCCGAGGAGGAGGAGGUGGAGAUGGAGGACAUCCCCGUUCCAGCUGAAGAGGCGAAUGAGGAGGAUGAUAUGAACAUGGAGAACGUGGACGUCCCAGAGAAAGUCCCAGUGAAAAACAUGCAGCUGAGGAGCGAAUCCCUCGUGCCGCCUUCUGUCAGUGCAGAGGAUGAGGACACCGCCAGCUCAGGGAGGCUCCCGGCUAAGCGCCUGGUUAAGCGCAUCGUGGAGAGGACCUACCUGCAGGUGCUGGGUGUUCCAGUGCCCGAGGAGUUUCUGGACCAGAACGUGGUGUUCUUCCUCAGAAACACAAAAGAGACCGUCACUGAGGCCAGCGACAUGAGUGAGGCCCUGGAGAUCAUGCCCGAGGUGCUCGAGUACGGCAUCCUGAAUCGCCAGGUGCUUGGCUUCCUGAAGGACAUCAUAUGCCAGGUGUUCCUGCCGGCUCUGUCCUUCAACCAGCACAAGAUGGAAGCAGCGUCGGGCCUGGCCCCCGGGGAGGCCGUGGGCUUCCAGGAAUACGAGGCAGAGCUGCCUGCCGUGCCCGGGGAGGCCGUGGAGUACCACAGCGUGCAGCUCAUCCGGGAUGAGUUCCUGAUGAACAUCCAGAAGUUUGCCAGCAGCAUCCAGAGGACCAUGCAACAGCUGGAAGGCGAGAUCAAGUUGGAGAUGCCAAAUGUCAGCGUGGAGGGGGAGGUGUUGGAUCUGGCUGCCGACCCCGAAUCCCUGGAACUCCUGGAGCAGUGCGUCAUCAACUGGCUGAGCCAGAUCUCCACUGCCCUGGAGAGUCAGCUGAAGAAGACUCCGCAGGGCAAUGGGCCCCUGGCGGAGAUCGAGUUCUGGCGGGAGAGGAACGCGACCUUGAGCGCGUUGCACGAGCAGACCAGGCUGCCCGUGGUGAGGAAGGUGCUGGAGGUGCUGAAGCAGUCGGACUCGAUGCUGGUGGCCAACCUGCAGCCCGUGCUCACUGAGCUCUUCAAGCUGCACAUGGAGGCCUCGGACAACGUGCGCUUCCUGUCCACCGUGGAGCGCCACUUCAAGAACAUCACGCAUGGCUCUGGCUUUCAUGUGGUCCUCGAUACCAUCCCUUCCAUGAUGAGCGCCCUGCGCAUGGUCUGGAUCAUUUCCCGCCACUACAACAAGGACGAGAGGAUGAUCCCGCUCCUGGAGCGCAUCGCCUGGGAGAUUGCGGAGAGGGUCUGCCGUGUGGUCAACCUGCGGACCCUGUUCAAGGAAAACCGAGCGAAUGCGCAGCGCAAAGCCCUGGAUGCCAGGAACACCCUCCGACUGUGGAAGAAGGCCUACUUCGACACCCGGGCCAAGAUCGAGGCUUCGGGCCGGGAGGCGCGCUGGGAGUUUGACCGGAAGCGGCUUUUCGAGAGGACCGACUACAUGGCCACCAUCUGCCAGGACCUCUCCUACGUGCUGCAGGUCAUGGAGGAAUUUUAUAACAUCUUCGGUCCGGAGCUGAAGGCGGUGACCGGGGACCCCAAGCGCAUCGACGAUGUCCUGUGCAGGGUGGAUGGCCUGGUCAAGCCCAUGGAGCACCUGACCUUUGACCCUUUCAGCAUUAAGUCCUCGCAGUACUGGAAAUACGUGAUGGAUGACUUCAAGAUCGAGAUCCUGGUUAUAGAGAAAGAAGCGAAAAACUUCAUUGAUGAGUCCUUCAAGACACUCCGCUCGGCUGAGGCCGCGUUCGACAUGCUCCUAAAGUUCAAGCACAUUCGCUCCCGCGAGGCAAUUAACAGGCAGAUGAUGAUGAAGUUCAACGACAUUCUCGCACAGUAUUGCAAAGAGGUCGACGUCAUCAAGAAGAUCUUUGUGCAGAACCUGGAGAACCCACCGCUCUACAAGAACCACCCGCCUGUGGCUGGCGCCGUUUGCUGGGAGCGGUCACUCUUCUACAGGAUCAAGCACACCAUCCUGCGCUUCCAGGAGGUGGAGGAGCUGCUGGACAGUGAGCGGGGGCAGGAGGUGAAGCAGAAGUACUUGGAGGUGGGCAGGACGAUGAAGGAGUACGAGGACCGGAAGUACCUGCAGUGGCGGGAGAUGACGGAGCAGACCUUGCCUGCGCUCAUGAAGAGGAGCCUGCUCACCAAGUCCUCCAGCACCCCCGAGGAGUCCUCAGAGGCCCCGGACAAGGGCAACGUGUUCACCAUCAACUUCGCUCCUGCUUUGCGAGAGAUCAUCAAUGAGGCCAAGUACCUGGAGCAGCUGGGCUUCAUUGUGCCCGAGCUGGCCCGGAACGUGGCCCUGCAGGAGGACAAGUUCCUGAGGUACACCCACAGCAUACAGCAGUUGCUGGGCCACUACCACACACUCACCGGGACGCUGAAUGAGGCAGAGACAGUGCUGCUGGACGACCACUCGCAGGAGCUGCUCAGGGUGUUCCGCUCCGGGUACAAGAGGCUCAACUGGAACUCUCUCGGAAUCGCUGACUACAUCACUCGGUGCCGCCAGGCCAUUGGGAAGUUUGAGUCCCUUGUCCACCAGAUCCACAAGAAUGCAGACGACAUCGCCUCCCGGCUCACGCUGAUAGAGUCCAUCAACCUGUUCAAGUAUCCGGCUCCCAAGGGGGACGAAGACAUCCCAGGUGUGAAGGAGUUCUUUGAGCAUAUCGAGCGAGAAAGGGCCAAAGACGUGGACCAUAUGGUCCGGUGGUAUCUGGCCAUCGGGCCCCUGCUGACCAAAGUCGAGGGCCUAGUGGUCCACACCAACACGGGCAAGGCCCCCAAGCUGGCUGCCUACUAUGAGUACUGGGAAAACAAGAUCUACGAUGUACUGACCAAGCUGGUGCUUAGGAACCUGCAGUCCUUCAACGCCCUGGUCCUCGGCAAUGUCCCGCUGUUCCAAACGGAGACCAUCCUGACGGCCCCCGAGAUCAUCCUGCACCCCAACGCCAACGAGAUUGACAAGAUGUGCGUGCACUGCGUGCGCAGCUGCGUGGAGAUGACUAAGCAUUUCGUGCGCUGGAUGCGUGGCAGCUGCAUCGAGUGCCUCCCGCAGAAGGGCGAGGAGGAGGAGGUGGUGAUAAUUAGCUUCUACAACGACGUCUCCCAGAACCCCCAGAUCAUCGAGCAGGCGGUCAUGAUCCCCCACAACGUGCACAGGGUCCUCGUCAGCCUCAUGAAGUACCUGCAGAAGUGGAAGCGGUACCGGCCCCUCUGGAAGCUGGACAAGGCCAUCGUGAUGGAGAAGUUCGCGGCCAAGAAGCCGGCCUGCGUGCUCUAUGACGAGAAGCUGCAGUUCUACUCCAAGAUUGCCUCCGAGGUCAUGCGCCACCCGCUGACCAAGGACGAGCACUGCGUCCGCCUGCAGCUGGGGCCACUGGCCAGCACGGUGCAGGAGAAUGCCAAGUCCUGGGUGGUCUCCCUCGGCCGCCUCCUCAACGACUCUGCCAGGGAGGAGCUCCACAGCCUGCAUGAGGAGAUGGAGCACUUGGCCAAAAACCUGAAGAAGAGCCCCAAUACUCUGGAAGACCUCAAGUUUGUCCUAGCCACGAUCGCGGAGAUACGGGGCAAGUCCUUGGUCAUGGAGCUGAGGUACCGGGACGUGCAGGAGCGCUACCGGACCAUGGCCAUGUACAACAUUCUGCCUAAUGAGGCCGAGCGGGAGCUGGUGGAGAAGCUGGAGAGCACGUGGCUCGACCUCUUCAAUGACUCCCUGAACGUGGAGCAUGCACUGGGGGGCGUCAAGCGCACCUUCACUGAGAUCACUCGUGGCGAGAUCAUGAACUAUAGACACCAGAUUGAGCAGUUCGCCAAGAACUUUUACAAUGAGGGCCCUGGCUCCGUGGGUGAGGACCUUGACAAAGGCGUGGAGCUCCUGGGCAGCUUCGAGCGCGAGCUGGCCAAGCACGAGCGGAUCCGGCAGCAGCUGGCCAACGCCGAGAAGCUGUUCGACCUCCCCAUCACCAUGUACCCGGAGCUGCUCAAGGUGCAGAAGGAAAUGAGCGGGCUGAGGAUGAUCUACGACAUCUACGAGGCCCUGAAGGUUGCCAAGGAAGAGUGGUCGCAGACGCUCUGGAUCAACCUGAACGUGCAGGUCCUCCAGGAGGGCAUCGAUGGCUUCUUCAAGGCCCUGAGGAAGCUGCCCCGGGCUGUGCGUGGCUUGUCAGUGGCUUUCCAUCUGGAGGCACGCAUGAAGGCCUUCCGGGACUCCAUCCCGCUGCUGCUGGACCUGAAACACGAGGCACUCAGAGACAGGCACUGGAAGGAACUCAUGGAGAAGACGGGCGUCAUCUUCGAGAUGACCGAGACGUUCACCUUGGAGAACAUGUUUGCCAUGGAGCUGCAGAAGCACACGGACGUCCUCGGUGAGAUCGUCACCGCUGCCAUCAAGGAGGUGGCCAUCGAGAAGGCCGUGAAGGAAAUCCUGGACACAUGGGAGACCAUGAAGUUCUCCGUGGUCAAGUACUACAAGGGCACGCACGAGCGGGGCUACAUCCUCGGCUCCGUGGAUGAGAUCGUGCAGAGCUUGGACGACAACACGGUCAACCUGCAGAGCAUCUCGGGCAGCCGCUUCGUGGGCCCCUUCCUGCAGACAGUGCACAAGUGGGAGAAGAGCCUCUCGCUGAUCGGAGAGGUCAUUGAGGUCUGGAUGGCCGUUCAGAGGAAAUGGAUGUAUCUUGAGAGCAUCUUCAUCAGCGGGGACAUCCGGUCGCAGCUCCCGGACGAGGCCAAGAAGUUUGACAACAUCGACAGGGUGUUCAAACGGAUCAUGAGUGAGACCUUGAAAGACCCAGUGAUCAAGAGGUGCUGCGAAGCCCCCAACCGCCUGAGUGAGCUGCAGAACAUCAGCGAGGGCCUCGAGCGGUGCCAGAAGAGCCUUAACGACUACCUGGACUCGAAGCGCAACGCCUUCCCCCGCUUCUUCUUCAUCUCUGACGACGAGCUGCUCAGCAUCUUGGGCAGCAGCGACCCACUCUGCGUGCAGGAACACAUGAUCAAGAUGUAUGACAACAUUGCCAUGCUGCGGUUCCAUGAUGGGGACAGUGGGGAGAAGCUGGUGGGUGCCAUGAUAUCGGCAGAAGGCGAGGUGAUGGAGUUCGGGAAGACGGUGCGUGCCGAGGGCCGCGUGGAGGACUGGAUGACCGCCGUGCUCAACGAGAUGAGGAGGACCAACAGACGCAUCACCAAGGAGGCCAUCUUCCGCUACUGCGAGGACCGGAGCCGGGUCGACUGGAUGCUCCUGUACCAGGGCAUGGUGGUGCUGGUGGCUAGCCAGGUGUGGUGGACGUGGGAGGUGGAAGACGUGUUCCGCCAGGUGCAGCGGGGGGAGAAGCAGGCCAUGAAGAGCUACGGCAAGCAGAUGCACCGGCAGAUCGACGAGCUGGUGACCCGCAUCACCACGCAGCUGAGCAAGAAUGACCGCAAGAAGUACAACACCGUGCUCAUCAUUGACGUGCACGCCAGGGACAUCGUAGACUCCUUCAUCCGCGGCAGUAUUACAGAGGCACGGGAGUUCGAGUGGGAAAGUCAGCUGCGGUUUUACUGGGACCGUGAGCCGGACGAGCUCAACAUCCGCCAGUGUACCGGCACCUUCGGCUAUGGCUACGAGUACAUGGGCCUGAAUGGACGCCUGGUCAUCACGCCCCUCACAGACCGCAUCUACCUGACGCUUACUCAGGCGCUGUCCAUGUAUCUGGGAGGGGCCCCGGCUGGCCCUGCAGGCACCGGCAAAACGGAGACCACCAAGGACCUCGCGAAAGCUCUGGGCUUGCUCUGUGUCGUCACCAACUGUGGUGAGGGCAUGGAUUACAAGGCCGUGGGGAAGAUCUUCUCAGGCCUGGCUCAGUGCGGGGCCUGGGGCUGCUUCGACGAGUUCAACCGCAUCGAUGCAUCCGUGCUGUCGGUCAUCUCGUCCCAGAUCCAGACGAUCCGCAACGCGCUCAUCCACCAGCUGACUACCUUCCAGUUCGAGGGGCAGGAGAUCUCCCUGGACUCACGUAUGGGCAUCUUCAUCACCAUGAACCCGGGCUACGCAGGCCGCACGGAGCUGCCCGAGUCGGUGAAGGCCCUGUUCCGGCCCGUGGUGGUCAUCGUGCCCGACCUGCAGCAGAUCUGUGAGAUCAUGCUUUUCUCCGAGGGCUUUCUGAUGGCCAAGACACUAGCCAAAAAGAUGACAGUUCUGUACAAGCUGGCCCGGGAGCAGCUCUCGAAACAGCAUCAUUACGACUUUGGACUCCGGGCCCUGAAGUCGGUGCUGGUGAUGGCCGGGGAGCUAAAGAGGGGCUCCUCUGAGCUGAAGGAGGACGUGGUGUUGAUGCGAGCUCUGCGGGACAUGAACCUGCCCAAGUUCGUGUUUGAGGAUGUGCCACUUUUCCUGGGCCUGAUUUCCGAUCUGUUUCCCGGGCUCGACUGCCCUCGCGUCCGCUACCCAGACUUCAAUGAUGCCGUGGAGCAGGCGCUGGAGGAGAGGGGCUACGUGGUGCUGCCCGUGCAGGUGGAUAAAGUGGUGCAGAUGUUUGAGACCAUGCUCACCCGCCACACGACGAUGGUGGUGGGGCCCACGGGGGGCGGCAAGUCUGUGGUCAUUAACACACUUUGCCAGGCCCAGACCAAGCUUGGGAUCAUGACGAAGCUAUACAUCCUGAACCCCAAAGCCAUGAGUGUCAUAGAACUCUAUGGCAUCCUGGACCCCACCACCCGGGACUGGACAGACGGCGUGCUGUCCAACAUCUUCAGGGAGAUCAACAGGCCGACCGACAAGAAGGAGCGCAAGUAUAUUCUGUUUGACGGAGAUGUGGAUGCCCUGUGGGUGGAGAACAUGAACUCCGUGAUGGAUGACAACAAGCUGCUGACGCUGGCAAACGGGGAGCGCAUCCGGCUCCAGGCUCACUGUGCGCUGCUCUUCGAGGUUGGAGAUCUGCAGUAUGCCUCCCCUGCAACCGUGUCUCGAUGUGGGAUGGUCUAUGUGGACCCCAAAAACCUGAAGUAUCAACCGUACUGGAAAAAAUGGGUCAACCAGAUCCAAAACAAGGUGGAGCAGAGUGACCUGGAGCGACUGUUUGACAAGUAUGUGCCCUACCUCAUCAACGUCAUCGUGGAGGGCAUUGUGGAUGGACGGCAGGGGGAGAAGCUGAAGACUAUCGUCCCUCAGACCGACCUCAACAUGGUGACACAGCUGACCAAGAUGCUGGAUGCUCUGCUCGAAGGCGAGGUGGAGGACCCUGACGUGCUGGAGUGCUACUUCCUGGAAGCCCUCUGCUGCUCGCUGGGUGCCUCCCUGCUUGAAGAUGGUCGCAGCAGAUUUGACGAGUGUAUCAAGCGCAUCGCCUCUCUGCCCACUGCCGACACUGAGGGAGUGUGGGCCCAGCCCGGGGAGCUGCCAGGUCACCUUCCGACCUUGUACGACUUCCACUUUGACGCCAAACGCAACCAGUGGAUCCCAUGGAGUAAACUGGUUCCAGAGUACAUUCACUCUCCAGAGAGGAAGUUUAUCGACAUCCUAGUUCACACAGUGGACACGACACGCAGCACCUGGGUGCUGGAGCAGAUGGUGAGGACCAAGCAGCCGGUCCUCCUGGUGGGGGAGUCAGGCACUUCCAAGACGGCCACCACGCAGAACUUCCUCAAAAACCUGAAUGAGGAGGCCAACAUUGUGUUGAUCGUCAACUUCUCCUCCCGCACCACGUCCAUGGACAUCCAGAGGAACUUGGAAGCGAGUGUGGAGAAGCGAACCAAAGACACGUAUGGGCCCCCCAUGGGAAAGCGCCUGCUGGUGUUCAUGGAUGACAUGAACAUGCCUAAGGUGGAUGAAUAUGGCACCCAACAGCCAAUUGCCUUGCUGAAGCUGCUGCUGGAGAAAGGCUACUUGUACGACAGGGGAAAGGAACUGAACUGUAAGAACAUCCGUGACCUUGGCUUCAUCGCGGCCAUGGGCAAAGCUGGAGGAGGCCGCAAUGAGGUGGACCCGAGGUUCAUCUCGCUGUUCAGCGUCUUCAACGUCCCGUUCCCUUCAGAGGAAUCCUUGCACCUCAUAUACUCUUCCAUCCUGCAAGGCCACACCUCGACAUUCCAUGAGAGCAUCGCAGCCGUGAGUGGCCUGCUCACGUCCUGCACCCUGGCGCUGUACAAAAACAUCGUCCAGGACCUGCCACCCACCCCUUCCAAGUUCCACUACAUCUUCAACCUCCGAGACCUCUCGCGGGUUUUCAAUGGGCUCGUCCUCACCAACCCAGAGCGGUUCCAGACAGUGGGGCAGAUGGUGCGCGUCUGGAGGAACGAAUGUCUGAGGGUCUUCCAUGACCGGCUCAUCAACGAGACGGACAAGAUGCUGGUGCAGGAGCACAUAGGCAGCUUGGUGGCUGCGCACUUCGGCAACGAUGCAGAGAUGGUGAUGCGGGACCCCAUCCUGUUCGGAGACUUCCGCUCGGCCCUCCAGGAGGAGGAGACGCGUGUCUAUGAGGACAUCCAGGACUACGAGGCGGCCAAGGCCCUGUUCCAGGAGAUCCUGGAGGAAUACAACGAGAGCAACACCAAGAUGAACCUGGUCCUCUUUGAUGACGCCCUGGAGCACCUGACCCGUGUACACCGCAUCAUUCGCAUGGACCGCGGCCACGCCCUGCUGGUGGGUGUCGGCGGCUCUGGGAAGCAGUCGCUGGCCAGGCUGGCCGCCUUCACUGCUGGCUGCGAGGUGUUUGAGAUCCUGCUCAGCCGUGGCUAUUCUGAGAACAAUUUCCGGGAGGAUCUAAAGAACCUUUACUUGAAGCUCGGUGUUGAGAACAGAAGGAUCAUCUUUCUGUUCACGGACGCACACGUGGCCGAAGAGGGCUUCCUGGAACUCAUCAACAACAUGCUGACCUCAGGGAUCGUGCCUGCGCUGUUUCAGGAGGAGGAGAAGGAGUCUGUUUUCAGUCAGAUCGGACAGGAGGCCGCCCGGCUGGGCUUGGGUCCGGCCAAGGAGUCCCUGUGGCAGUACUUUGUCAGCAAGAGUGCCAACAACCUGCAUAUUGUGCUGGGCAUGUCGCCUGUGGGGGACACCCUGAGGACUCGCUGCAGGAACUUUCCAGGGCUGGUGAACAAUACUGGCAUUGACUGGUUCCUGCCCUGGCCUUCGCAGGCCCUGCACGCUGUGGCCAAGUCGUUUUUGGGGGACAAUCCCAUGAUUCCCAUGAGCAACAUCGACGACCUGGUGGAGCACGUUGUCUUGGUCCAUGAGUCAGUGGACGAAUUCAGCAAGCAGUUCCUGCAGAAGCUGAGGCGCAGCAACUACGUGACCCCCAAGAAUUACCUCGACUUCAUCCACUCAUACACCAAGCUGCUGGAUGAGAAGACACAGUACAACAUAGCGCAGUGCAAGCGGCUGGAGGGUGGCCUGGACAAGCUGAAGGAGGCCACGGUGCAGCUGGACGAGCUGAACCGGAAGCUGGCUGAGCAGAGGAUUGUGCUGGCUGAGAAGUCGGCUGCCUGCGAGGCCCUGCUGGAUGAGAUUGUCACCAACACGGCCAUAGCCGAGGAGAAGAAGAAGCUGGCAGAAGAGAAGGCCAUGGAGGUGGAAGAGCAAAACAAAAUGAUUGCCACGGAGAAGACGGAGGCUGAGACGGCACUGGCCGAGGUCAUGCCCGUGCUGGAGGCCGCCAAGCUGGAGCUGCAGAAACUGGACAAGUCUGACGUCACCGAGAUCAGGUCAUUCGCCAAGCCGCCAAAGCAGGUGCAGACGGUGUGUGAGUGCCUCCUCAUCAUGAAGGGCUACAAGGAGCUCAACUGGAAGACGGCCAAGGGCAUGAUGUCCGACCCCAACUUCCUGCGAUCGCUCAUGGAGCUUGAUUUUGACGCCAUCACCCAGAGCCAAGUGAAAAACAUCAAGAGCCUCCUGCGGACCCUGAACACCAGCAUCGAGGAGAUGGAGGCGGUGAGCAAGGCCGGCCUGGGGAUGCUCAAGUUUGUUGAGGCCGUCAUGGGCUACUGUGAUGUCUUCAGAGAGAUCAAGCCCAAGAGAGAGAAGGUGGCCAGGCUGGAGCGGAACUUCUACCUCACCAAGCGGGAGCUGGAGCGCAUCCAAAACGAGCUGGCGGCCAUCCAGCGGGAGCUGGAGGCCCUGGGUGCCAAGUACGAGGCGGCCAUCCUGGAGAAGCAGAAACUGCAGGAGGAGGCCGAGAUCAUGGAGCGGCGGCUGAUUGCAGCCGACAAGCUCAUCUCCGGGCUGGGGUCGGAGAACGUCAGGUGGCUCAAUGACCUGGACGAGCUGAUGCACCGCCGGGUGAAGCUGCUGGGCGAUUGCCUGCUGUGCUCCGCCUUCCUCAGCUAUGAGGGCGCCUUCACGUGGGAGUUCCGUGACGAGAUGGUCAACCAAGUGUGGCAGAGCGACAUCCUGGAUCGGGAGAUCCCCCUGAGCCAGCCCUUCCGGCUGGAGAACCUGCUCACCGAUGACGUUGAGAUCAGCAGGUGGGGCUCCCAGGGCCUGCCCCCGGAUGAGCUCUCGGUGCAGAAUGGCAUCCUUACCACACGCGCCAGCCGCUUCCCCCUCUGCAUAGACCCCCAGCAGCAGGCUCUCAACUGGAUCAAGAGGAAAGAGGAGAAGAACAACCUGCGGGUGGCCUCCUUUAACGACCCUGACUUCCUCAAGCAGCUGGAGAUGUCCAUCAAGUAUGGGACCCCCUUCCUGUUCCAUGACGUGGACGAGUACAUCGACCCCGUGAUCGACAACGUCUUGGAGAAGAACAUCAAGUUCACGCAGGGGCGUCAGUUUAUCAUCCUGGGGGACAAGGAAGUGGACUACGACUCCAACUUCCGGCUCUACCUCAACACCAAGCUGGCCAACCCCAGAUACCCGCCCUCAGUGUUCGGGAAGGCCAUGGUGAUCAACUACACGGUCACACUGAAGGGCCUUGAGGACCAGCUGCUGAGUGUGCUGGUGAGCCAUGAGCGGCAUGAGCUAGAGCAACAACGGGAACACCUGAUCCAGGAGACGAGCGACAACAAAAACCUGCUGCGGGACCUGGAGGACUCGCUGCUGCGGGAGCUGGCCACGUCCACGGGCAACAUGCUGGACAAUGCCGAGCUGGUGUACACUCUGGAGGAGACCAAGUCCAAAGCCAUGGAGGUGUCCGAGAAGCUUAAGCUGGCCGAGAAGACAGCCCUGGACAUAGACAGGCUGCGUGACGGCUACCGGCCGGCCGCCCGCAGGGGCGCCAUCCUCUUCUUUGUGCUCUCUGAGAUGGCGCUUGUCAACUCCAUGUACCAGUACUCGUUGAGCGCCUUCCUCGACGUGUUCGGCUUGUCGCUCAAGAAGUCGCUGCCAGACUCCAUCCUGCUCAAGCGGCUGAGGAACAUCAUGGACACACUGACCUUCAACAUCUACAACUACGGCUGCACGGGGCUGUUUGAGAGACACAAGCUGCUGUUCUCCUUCAACAUGACCAUCAAGAUUGAGCAGGCCGAGGGCAGGGUGCCCCAGGAAGAGCUGGACUUCUUCCUUAAGGGGAACAUCUCCCUGGAGAAGAGCAAGCGUAAGAAGCCGUGCACGUGGCUGUCUGACCAGGGGUGGGAGGACAUCAACCUGCUGUCGGAGCUGUUCGCAGACACCUUUGGGAACCUUCCUGAUGACGUGGAGAAGCACACUGCCACCUGGCAGGAGUGGUAUGACCUGGAUUCCCUCGAGCAGUUCCCGUUCCCGCUGGGCUAUGACAGACACAUCACCGCCUUCCAGAAGCUGCUCAUCCUGCGCUGCUUCCGCGUGGACCGUGUGUACCGGGCCGUGACUGACUACGUGACUCUGACCAUGGGAGAAAAGUACGUGCAGCCCCCGAUGAUCAGCUUCGAGGCCAUCUUUGAACAGAGCACGCCCAACUCGCCCAUCGUCUUCAUCCUGAGCCCCGGCUCUGACCCCGCCAGCGACCUGAUGAAGUUAGCCGAGCGCUGCGGUUUUGGAGGAAACCGCCUCAAGUUCCUGGCCAUGGGUCAAGGUCAAGAGAAAGUGGCGCUGCAGCUGCUGGAGACAGCUGUGGCCCGUGGGCAGUGGCUGAUGCUACAGAACUGUCACCUCCUGGUCAAGUGGCUGAAGGACCUGGAGAAGUCACUGGAGAGGAUCACCAAGCCACACCCCGACUUCCGCCUGUGGCUCACCACGGACCCCACCAAGGGCUUCCCCAUCGGGAUCCUGCAGAAGUCCCUCAAGGUUGUCACGGAGCCGCCCAAUGGGCUCAAGCUGAACAUGAGGGCCACCUACUUCAAGAUUACUCAGGAAAUGCUGGAUCAGUGCCCACAUGCCGCCUUCAAGUCCAUGGUCUACGUGCUGGCCUUUUUCCACGCCGUGGUACAGGAGCGGAGGAAGUUCGGCAAGAUCGGCUGGAACGUGUACUAUGACUUCAACGAGUCCGACUUCCAGGUCUGCAUGGAAAUCCUCAACACGUACCUGACAAAAGCCUUCCAGCAGCACGACCCCCGCAUCCCGUGGGGCAGCCUGAAGUACCUCAUUGGGGAGGUCAUGUAUGGGGGACGCGCCAUCGACAGCUUCGACCGUCGCAUCCUGACCACCUACAUGGAUGAGUACCUGGGUGACUUCAUCUUUGACACCUUCCAGCCAUUCCACUUCUUCUGGAACAAGGAGGUGGACUACAAAAUCCCCACUGGGGAUAUAAAGGAGAAAUUUGUUGAAGCCAUUGAGGCCCUGCCUCUGGCCAACACGCCGGAAGUGUUUGGUCUUCAUCCUAAUGCCGAGAUUGGCUACUACACACAGGCAGCCCGAGAUAUGUGGGGGCACCUGCUGGAGCUGCAGCCGCAGACGGGGGAGUCUAGCACUGGUGUGAGCCGCGAUGACUACAUCGACAGCGUGGCCAAGGACAUCGAGCACAAGAUGCCCAAGGUCUUUGACCUGGACCAGGUCCGGAAGCAGCUGGGCUUUGGCAUCUCCCCCACCUCGGUGGUGCUCCUGCAGGAGCUGGAGCGCUUCAACAAGCUUGCCGUGCGGAUGGCGCGGUCGCUGGCUGAGCUGCAGAGGGCCUUGGCAGGGGAAGUUGGGAUGAGCAGCGAGCUGGACGAUGUGGCCAGGUCCCUCUUCAUUGGACACAUUCCUAGCAUCUGGAGGAAGCUCGCCCCCGACACCCUCAAGUCCCUGGGGAACUGGAUGGUGUACUUCCUGCGCAGGUUCAGCCAGUACACAUCCUGGGUUACCGAGGGCGAGCCUGGCGUCAUGUGGCUCUCGGGGCUGCACAUCCCUGAGUCCUACCUCACGGCGCUGGUACAGGCCACAUGUCGCAAGAACGGCUGGCCCCUGGACCGCUCCACCCUGUUCACGCAGGUCACCAAGUUCCAGGAUGCGGAGGAAGUGAACGAGCGGGCAGGACAAGGUUGCUUUGUCUCAGGGCUGUAUUUGGAGGGCGCCGACUGGGACACAGAGGCAGGCUGUCUGAUCAAGAGCAAACCCAAGGUGCUGGUUGUGGAGCUGCCCAUCCUCAAGAUCAUCCCCAUUGAAGCCCACCGCCUCAAACUGCAGAACACCUUCCGGACCCCCGUCUACACCACCUCCAUGCGACGCAAUGCCAUGGGAGUCGGCCUGGUCUUUGAAGCAGAUCUCUUCACCACGAGGCACAUUUCUCACUGGGUGCUGCAAGGGGUGUGCCUCACCUUGAACUCGGAUUGACGUGGGGCCAAGGCCACGGCUGCUGUCCACCUGCUGUGUGCUCCCGGCGGGGCCGGCACUGCCGCCAUGCCCCGUUCUUUGAUGUCAGCCGCUCAGCUCUAACCAGAAAGCUAUCCGUAACGGUUUUGUUUUUUAAACUCCUUUUCCAGGAUUCUUGUACUCAACAAGCAAGCCCCCAGAGCCCCUGGGCUGUGGAGCUGUGUCAAGUCCUCACCUGCACUGCUGCCCACUCUGCCAGAGCUGAGGGGUGGUGUGGGGUCAGGCUCAGCAGGGCAUCCAGGGCUUGCAGCCCUGGCAGGCCCUGGCAAAGCUCCAGCAGGUGCCAUGGGCACCCACAGUUCCUCACCCUCCCACCCUGGGCAAGAAUAGGACACAAGGCACAAAGAAG